AUGAUGACUUCAUUUAUGAACCAGUCCCUGCCAAACAUUCCAAUUAUUUUUAAAAGUAGAGAUGUACUUGUUAUUGAUAAACCAAACGAUUUACAUAUCGAUGGAGAUUAUGAAUUAACUGUGGAAAAAUUAAUUAAUAACUACUAUCCGGAAAUGGAAAAUCCACUAGAAGAAAUUCAACAUAAACCCGGGCACACCCCAUCAAGAAGAAAAUUAAAAUUUUGUCACCAACUUGAUUACGCCACUUCUGGAAUAUUAUGUUUGGCAUUUACAAGAGAGAGUUGUGCCAAGAUUACCUACCCUUUUCAACAGAGAACAGCUCAAAAACAAUAUCUUGCUGUUUUGAGAGGACAUGUAUUAAUUAAUGAUUUUGAAAUUUUGACAUUCAUUGGGGAAGAUCCAUCAGAUGAAAGAAAAUUUAGAAUGAGGAAUUUUUAUCUUGGAAGGGAAAAGACAUUACUAUCUGAAUUAAAUACUGAGGAAGAAAUUCAAGAGGCGAAAAAGAGUAGGGAAAGUCUAACAUUUGGAUCUGUUUUAUGCAGAGGGUUUUACCAUAAAGAUAAUGAUACAAUACCAGUUACAAAAGUUUUACUAAGACCAAAAACAGGAAGGAGGCAUCAACUCAGACUACAUACCCAGUUGCUAGGAUUUCCAAUACUUGGUGAUGCUACCUAUAGUCUAUUGGGAAGAGAUGGAGAAGAAGGUGUUCAUAGGAUGAUGUUACACGCUUGGAAUUUGACUCUUCCUGGAGUUUUUGAUGAUACCUUAACAACCCAAGAUCCCUUUGAAGAGGUUCAAUACUUUAGUUGGAGUAAAUAA